CAAGACACAGGAGCCGUUAUAACCAACCAGUGCCAAAGUAAUCAGGAAUUUAUAGAAGACGUGUCAUACUGACACUACGGUCUACCUAAAGAGGGCGAGGCAUUUCAGGUCUCUGACAAUCUUACAAUUAUGUGUGCUGGCAAUAUGGCGGGACAGAAGCAUCCAGGGCUGCUGAAGGUUUUCAGAAAGAUGUUUUGGUUCGGUGCAGUUUUAGCUGUUUUAGCAGUCCAGCUCCAAGAUGUCAGUGCUCAGACUGAUAGCAGUGUGCUGACAGUCGCUGACUCAAACUGGACCCUUAUUCUGGAGGGCGAGUGGAUGUUAAAAUUCUACGCCCCGUGGUGUCCAGCAUGUCAGCACAUUCAGGCGGACUGGGAGGCUUUUGCCAAACUGGGCCACAGUCUGGGAAUAUCCGUGGGGAAUGUUGAUGUCACACAACAACCAGGUCUGAGUGGGCGCUUUCUGGUCACCUCACUCCCGACUAUCUUUCAUGCUAAAGAUGGAAGUUUUAGAAGAUACAUGUCAUCACGGACCAUUGAGGAUAUCCAAGCAUACAUUGUUCAAAAAAAGUGGGAAUCUGUGGAGCCGCUGCCAGGAUGGAAAUCGCCUUCAUCUAUCUUGAUGUCAGGAAUGGCUGGUCUCUUCCGGCUGUCCGUGUGGAUACGGCAAAUCCACACGUACCUAACCAACACUGUUGGCAUUCCGUCAUGGGGCUCUUAUGUAAUCUUUGCCAUUGUCACGCUGUUCCUGGGCCUUCUCCUUGGCCUGAUGCUGGUGCUGAUCGCAGACUGCAUUUGCCCAUCUAGGCCAAAGUACAAAGAGGAUAAGACUGUUAUACUUCAGAAAGAUGAAGGCUCUGAGGACGAAGUAGACGACACCCUGACUGAAGAGAAGCACGCAUCUGACCUGGAUAAUGAGAGUGAGCUGGUGUCUGGAGAGGAGGAGUUCACCGAGGAGGAAGGAAGCCCUGGCACUGAAGCUGCAGCUGGCAGCAGUGAGCAAUCUACAGAGGCCUCCGUGAGGAAGAGGAAACCUCAGGGUCCAAACAGUCCCGAGACCACAUAACACUUCUGCACAGGCUGGAAAUCUCAAAUAGAGUUUUACACAAAUACAGAAACUCCCACAGCAAAGCUGAAUCCAGCACUGUAAGAGCUGAACACUUGUCUCCUCUUUCCUAGUCAGUGUUCUCGAUUUUAUUCAGCCCGUCCCUGUUUCUGUCAAACCUCACCUGUGGGUUUCAGUAUUUUGUGUGUGUAAAUUAGGAGAAACCUUUAAAAUAAUAUUUGCUUAUAAACAAAACUAUUGCCAAGGAUCAAUCAUACAGCAAGUGACUGUAAUGCUCUUAAAAAGAAAAAUAAUAUAAAAUGUGAUAGAUUUUAAGAAGGCUCCAAAAACCUGUUUAAUAUUUGUAUUUUGCAUUUAGGAUGUCCAUAUGCCAUUAAUGUUGCAAAUGGAAUGCUUUUUGUUUACGCCAUUUUGUGGUGUUUUUUUUUUUUAAACUUUUUUAGUUGCAACAGCUACAAGUACAUGCUUUUUACAUUCCAGGGUAUAAAACUGCUUUUGUAAAAGCUUUCAGUGAAUGUGACUGAAGGCAUCGGAUGCAGAGUAUGAGGAGAAUCGUCACCGUGAAUUAGAUCGUCAGCGAGAUGCUCAACAUCGGGGAUUUUCAAAGUUUUAUCAGUCAGGGACCCUUUUAACUCAGCAGGUUUAUUUUACAAACAGACAAUUAAAAAAAAGUGUGUAUAAGUUUAUGUAAUUGGAUACAGAGGAGGUUUUUUUUUUUUUUUUUUUUUUUUUUGUUGUUCUCCCUAUCCCCAGAAUCCAGCUGACAUUAUUUCUAGGCAUAAUAGGUGGAUUCUGGCUUCUACUACUAUAACAAAACUAGAAAACCACAGCCCCCCCCCCCCCCCCCCCCCCCGAUUGUGCUUUGCAAACCUGUUUGAACCACAUUGAGAACCUCAACUCUGUAUGGUGCUUUGAGUUGUUCCAUGUCUAAGUAUUAAAACAAAUCUGCUUAUUAUGUAGUCUUAAUGGCCUAGCGCUGCGAAUAGGUCUUAUGCAUUCGUUAGCUUAAUUGAAAAUUGAGACCAUGUAGUUUACCAUACAGUAUGCAAUACUCCGUAAACAAUGGUGACGUCAGGCCAUUACUUUUGUUGUAUGUAGACUUGUGUGAUAGAUCUUUUCCCUACUUGUGAGUCACCGUUUGCCAUCCAGAACCAACAGGAAACCAAGCAUUUUAGGUUUAAGGAGGGUAGGGAAUGGUGCAGUAAUAUCCUCAGCUGUGCAGUCAGGAACUGCAUGCUGCUGUUGAGCUGAAUUCUCCCCAGCAGAAUCCGACAUUCCUUCGUGCACACGUGUUACGAACUAAGCACAGCAGUGCUGCAUAUUUACUGCUAUUCUCUUGGUAGGUUCCAGGGCUUUUAUAUUUUCCCUUAACUGUUCUAUGCUGUAAUCUGCAGAACUACACGAAAAGAAAACAAGGACCAUUACAAUGAUGCCAAACUUUAUCUCAUGAUCUGAAGACUUGGUGUUGGUGUGGUAUUUUGCUCAAUCUGGCAGAAUCCGAUUCACCUUCGCAUGCAUUUGUGCACCACAGUAGCUUAUUUCUAAUAAUAGAAGAAGAAAUCUUUGUCACAUGCGCUGUGAAAUUCAUCCUCUGCAUUUAACCCAUCUGAAGCAGUGAACACACGUGUGUACGCGCGCGCACACCCAGAGCAGUGGGCAGCUACACUAGAGCACCUGGGGAGCAGUCAGGGGUUAGGUACCUUGCUCAAGGACACUUCAGCCCAAGGCCGCCCUACAUUAACCUAACUGCAUGUCUUUGGGGGAAACUGGAGCACCCGGAGGAAACCCACGCAGACACUGGGAGAACAUGCAGACUCCACACAGAAAGGCCCUCGCCGGCCACUGGGUUCGAACCCGGAACCUUCUUGCUGUGAGGCAACAGUGCUAACCACUACGCCACCAUGCCGCCCAUAAUAUCUUAUGUUCUCAACAAAAGCAACGCAAAUCUUGAAUAAUAUUGAAUAUGCAGCAUCAGUGUGCCUGCUGUGUACCAGCAAAUGGGAGUCGGAAUCCAGCGAACACCUGCAGUUGAAAUCAUGAAGGGAGGGGAACCAAACUGGAUGGUGGAUUUUAGGGGAUUCUGAUAUGGGGCUAUUUUGAUAUUGGAAAUUUGCACGGGUGUUUUCAAAUCAGUUCAGAUUAAUGUCAAUUGGCUCAUCUCCAGUUUUACUGGGGGAGAAAAAGACUGCUUUGCUGGCAUGUAUGUAAGUGAUGACUCAUACUAGCGUAUUCUGGUGUUAAAUUGUGGAGCUGCUAUGAAGAAAAGGUGUAAAGGUUGGCAGGUCUGGUAGUAUAGCAGUGUGUAAUGUGUAUCGCACAAGCCUCCUAUGUGGAAAAGGUAAUGCUUUAAAAAAAAAAAAAGCACUGUCUCAAAUAUUUACUGGGUAUUUGUGGAUGUUGUGUGUAUUGGAUUAGGAUGUGUUGUGGGUUUUUUUGCAAAAUAUGGGGAAGUUAUUUUUAAAGCAAUGAACAUUUGAAUUGAAUGAAGGAAUUUUAGAAUUUGGUAGAUGAUGAUGAUGAUGAUGAUUAUGUCCACUUCCAGUAAUUCUGGAGGACUUAAUUGACAUAAAUUAUGCAAUGUUUGAGUGAUGCUAUGACAUGCUGUCAUUUUAUACAAUUGACUGUUAAUUUGGACUAUAAACUGUUAAUCAUG